ACCGACCACGAUAUGUUAGUUAUCGUUAGCUUAUUUCGAAACAAGAUUUAUAUGAGAAAAAAAUAAGAAUAAAGGAAUGAAUUAACAAAAAUAAAGGCCCACACGACAGUAUUUACUGGACUGCUGAAUUGUGCAAAUUUUGUUAGUAAAAAAAAAAGUAAUGUAGUUAAGCGCUUGUGAAAUAAAUUGGCAGUGGUGUGAGGAUUCUAAUGCGCCACGGGAUUCGAAAAGUAUUGCCAAAUCAAAGGAAAAACAGGUCAUCGCUUCGUGUCGCCUUCCCCUCGACCCUAUAAAUCCGGCGCGGCGGUGGCGAAUUGGGUCAGUGUUUCCACGUCUCUGGUCGCACCAUGAACACUCAGCUCGUCCUCCUGCUGGCUCUCGCUGCCGUUGCUGCGUCAGAUUCUCAACCUUCGUCCUUCUACGGAGUCCCUCAAGUUAGAACUCAAGUAUCAGAUGAUUCUUCCGAAGCGUCAUCAGAGAGUCGCCACAUCUACCGUAGUCAUGAUAGAUCUGAUGAAGAUUCUGCUGAAUAUGGACCUGCAAAGUACGACUUCGACUGGGCCGUGAAGCACGACUACUCCGGCAACCACUUCGGCCACCACGAGUCCCGCGACGGAGACUACACCCAAGGCUCGUACUACGUGCAGCUUCCCGACACUCGCUUGCAGACUGUCAAGUACUACGUGGACGGCGACUCUGGCUACGUGGCCGAGGUGGAGUACGAGGGCGAGGCUCAGCAUCCUGAGUCCGAGGAGUAUCGAGUAUCUCGAGGCCGAUACUCAGCCACAGACUCAAGCGAAGAAGACUCGUCCGAAACGGUCGUUCGAGCUCCCUCAAGAUUUUAUGGCUCACCUUUGUAAAGAUAAAGAACAAAAGGAUCUCGGUUCGAUGGCUAUGAUCUGAUAUUUAAAUUGUAUGAAUAUAAUUUAACUGUAUAUUUAAUUGUAGUAAAAUAGAACGUGCAUAUUAAUCUGGAUUACUUAUUCUAAACAACCUCCCCGGACCUCCUGCGUCUGGUCAAUCGAAUUAU